AGGGCCAUGAAGUGUGCCAGCGGUGCCGCGAGGCUGGCGUGGUGGGCGGCGGCUGCCGUCCUGCUGACCCCGGCAAUGGCCACGCCGCACCUCGGCCCUCGAUACGCUCCGUGUGGCAAUGGCACCGCGGCGGGGGCGUGGCGAGCUGCGGCCCUUCAGGAGGCGGUGCGUCUCGACGCGGCGCCGCCCACAAACGUGACGGGGAUGGAGGGCGGGAUGGUGCUGCGCGUGGCGGCGGAGGAGUGGGUGCCGCACAUCGCCGUCGUGGACCUCGGCGGCGGUAACUUCAACAUCCGCGGACCCAUGGCCAACCUGCUGGACGCCCUCGCCACCGCCCUCAACUUCAGAUACACGCUGGUGCGGCCGCCUGACGGAGCGUGGGGCAUCCCGACCUCUGAAGGGGACUGGAACGGCAUGAUUGGGAUGGUGAAGAGGAAUGAGGCGGACCUUGCGUUGGGGCCCUUCGGUUUGACAUUCUCGAGGUCUCGCGUCGUGGAUUUCAGCUCCCCUAUCCUCAUCGACUAUUACCGCAUCCUGGUCCGCCGCCCCCGCUCCGAGCCUAACCCCAUGGGCUUCCUCCAGCCCUUCAGCCUCAAUACAAAAACACAAUGGCCACGCUUCAACUCACCUUCUUUCUUCAUCUCGCGGGCAUGCAGGUGGCACGUGUGGGUGGGGCUAGGGGUGGGCGUGGGUGUGGUGGGCAGCGUCCUGUUCCUCGCCCGCUGGUCCGCCCAUCACCACGAGAAGGGGGUGGACGAAGGCAAGACGGUCCUGACACAGUUCAUGACGCAGUGGUGGUCGGCGUACGGCUCCCUCCUGUCGCAGCCGGUGGUUGAGGUGAGCUGGACGCGGGGCAGCUGGCGGGUGGCGGCGGGGACCUGGUGGGUGGUGGCGCUGGUGGUGGCCAGGUCCUACAGCUCGGGCCUCACCUCCCUCCUCGCCGUGAGAACCGUUCCUGUCAGGUACGACUACCUUAGACAAGUGAUCGCCGACAAGCAGCUUCACCUGGUGUUCGAGAAGGCGACGGCCCUGGUGGAGCACAUGUCGACGGUGAAGCAAGGCAUCUACAAGGAUCUGGCCGACACACGGCUGGACAACCGGGCACACUUCCUGGGUUCGUCUAAGCUGUACGACGCGGCCUACGACCAGGUGCGCGACGGCCCCUACGCCCUGCUGGUGGAGGACACGACUUGCAGGAAGGUGUAUUCAGACGACUACACGAGAUACGGUCGCUGUGACUUCUACAUCGGGAAGGAGAGUUACUGGCCCCUCAUCUUCAGCCUCAUCGGACGCAAGGGGUCGCCGCUCAUCCCGCUCAUCAGUGCCAAGCUGGAGCAGAUGGUGGCCCACGACCUGUACUUCAAGUGGCUUGGUGACGAGCUGCCCAACGCCACGGCCUGCCUGGGAGCGCAGACGCGGGUCACCGUCAACGAGGCCUACUCCCUGAAGGGCCUCUGGGGCGUGUUCGCACUCUUCGCCGGCGGGAUGCUGGCGGCGAGCAUCGUCUUGUUGCUGGAAGUCGCGUCGGGAGUUAUUGACCUGCCUGAUGGUGCCGACAGCAAGCACUGACGCCUGGCUUGACUCGCCUCCGCUAUACCGCUACUACUACUACUACUACUACUGCUACUACUACUACUACAACUACUAUUACUACUGCUAGAAUGGGGAAGGCGGUGAGUGAGUGGUUAGCGUGCCGGCACCGCGUCAAGGAUUAAGUGGGUUCGCGUCCCGCCCGCCGCCACUUCAGUCACUGCUGAGUGGCCUAAGAUUACCCACAUGCUGUCCUGAAGACCACCUAUCAACCCAGACUCUAGGUUCUCUCUCUAAAAAAGAGGAUCAAGGCUGAGCUCUGGGGGAUAGCAUGUGCCAAGCAAGAUGGCGCCACUAUAAACACUUGCCUGCGCCAUAACGGGCUGGGGCCGACCAUCAGGCCCCACCAAGAAAACCUACCGGGGCCAUAGGCAGAAACGUAAAAAAUAAAAAUAAAUUAAAAAAUGCUACUAAUAAUAGCUAAUAACAAUAAUCAUAAUAAUAAUAAUAAAAAUAAUGACAAAUCAGUUCAGCUUUCUUUCACCAAACUCUCAACUGACAAGACCGAAAAAGUAAUCAAAUGCCAGUUCAAGCGACUCUCCCGGCUCAAGGCGUAACACUCGCUUCCAUACCCCGCCUCGUGCACCGUUUCCCCUCCCUCCACCGGCUGUUUCCUCGCGUGUUCAUGUUACACCGGCGGGCACCUGUCACGGGCAGCCACGCCGGGAGAAGCACUCUAUUAGACCUGUUUACCAUAGCGUACCCCUUCCAUCCCGGAUGCUCAAAAACAGUGAUGUGCA